CUUGCCCGGCGAGGCUGGUCCUCCGCAUCUCCUGUUCAUCCCGUCAAUUGCUAUCUGCCGCCAUUGUUUCAGUUUCUUUUGUUUUGAGAAAGGCGCUUCAGCGCGACGCCAUGUUUCUGCAUCUGGGCGCCAGCUUGCACGGGCACGAAUUCUCGAACCGGCCCUCCUCCAACAUCCAGCAAUCGCCCUCUCAUCUUCGUACGCCGCUCUUGCGAUCGGCCUUUUCGCCGCCGAAACAGCGCGCCCGCGCAGCUGCCGACGGCCCGCCGGCGCCUUCGCUGCGGCAGCGGCCGGUGUCCGACUACAUCCCGCGCGAGCCCUCGCCGGUCGUCCGCUUCCGAGAACCCGAGGACGAGCCGCUGCCCACGCCCGCAACGCUCGACGAGCCGGUCUCCGAGUCCGAGCUCAGCGAUGUUACGGCCGCGAUCGACGGCGCCGUGCCCGCGAGGCCUCCCCGCGCCAGGCGGCAGCGCCGAGUCCCGCACAAGAGCACCACCUACCCUCUUGGGUACCCGGCACCGACGAUAAUCCUCAAGACGAAGGUCAUGCAAAAGGUUUUUCAGCCCAGGUUGCUCUUGCAACUCCAAAAGGUCAGGGAAGACGGGCGGUCACAGCCCGUGCUGGAAGUUUUCCCAGCCUCGCGCCUCGCCGGGCCUGUGGUUGCCCCCCGGUUGGCAAAGCGGUUCCCCGGCAUAUUCGGGGUCAAGCGCCAUCUUGGCUACGACGACAUUGUGCUGGUGGAAAGGGAUGACGACGAUUCAAACGCGGACGGUGCGGACAGCGACAGCGACGAGAGCUUGGAGAGGAGGACCAUUCUUGCGGUGUACAGCCCGCUGAAGCACUCGGAGGAAGCCGAGAUCGUGCUGGACGACGGAUCGGUAUGGGUGGCCAGGGCACUGCCCAACGGCUCGUACGAUUUCUUUCACACGGACGUCAAGGGCAACACCACCACGGUGCGGUGGGCUCGCAGAUAUGCGGGCGCCGUUACCCCAACCUCUGUUUCCGCCGACACCACCGCCUCGUCAACCGCUUCUGCUCAGACCCGGUACACAUUCAGCGUCCUCAACCCGUCAACACGUCGCCAUCCUGUCAUGGCCACCCUGACACCCUCCACUCUCAACAUUCAAGACACAUACACUUCUGUUUCUCCCUCACAUGCCCGGCACCCGCCAAUUACUCGAACCGGCCGAUCGCGCUCGGUGUCUUCUUCCCCCGCUUUAGCCCGUACAGCUCCCUACUUACCUUCAGUUCAAUUCUCAUCAGCCAGCGCUAGCGACGGCGAAAACGACUCCACCGUCAGCUUCUCGGCCGCGGCGGACAACGAAGCCGCACAACGAACUGUGCAUAAUGUCGAUGACGCCACCAAGAGGCUCAUUGCGGUCACUGCGCUCUGGGUAGCCCUCCGCUCAGGCUGGUCCCAGAGCUACAGCCCCUGCAGCAGUACUCCAGAGAGCGCAACCGCAAGCACUGCAACCACUGGCCAACGUGGCCGCAGCAGGCGGAACACCUGGACCCGCUCCUCGACAACCGACACCCCACGCUCGCCCGACCUCACCGGUGGGGAGCCGUCGCGUGUCUCCCUCUGUCUCAAGCGGAAUUCCCUACCCGCGCAGCCGCUCGAAUCCGCCACCGCCGGCAACAACAGAUCCCCCGCCGCAACACCCACCGUCUCGCGUGCACCAACGCCCACCCCUAGCCCCGCGGACGCCCACCCUCUCCCUCUACCUCGGCGCGCCACUAGCACCGGCACGGCGUUCACGCGGCGCCGCCAACAGGCUUCGCCCCCCGCUGUCUCCCUCAGCAGUGCUGCAUCUACCACUCCUGCCCCUCCCGAAAGAGACCCCGCCGCUGCCGAGCCAGAGACAGGCAGGAAACGACACCUCUCAAUGGCAUCCCCCCGGCCAUCGCUGUCUCCAUCUCCGUCUCCCUCACCGUCCCCUUCCCCUUCGGCAGUGCCGACAGCCGUACCAGCAAGGAUGCCUGCUCUUCCAGUUCCAGUUCAACCACAAGCAGGCGUGGAAAAGCCCGUCACCGGCGUGGGCACGGGCACCGGCACGGGCACCGGCGUGAACGCGACGAAGAAGUGCCCGAAGCUGCUGGCUAAGAAGGAGCAGCAGCAGCAACGCCAACAGCGGGGGGGAGGAGAUGAGGAGGAGGCCGAUCUCACCUCCGUCGCGGGCAGUGGCGCCGGCGCCGCAGAUGGGGAUAGGGACGGGGCGAAAAAGAGCCGCAUGCGCUGGAGACUGGCCAGGUGGAUCCACAAGCUCGGCUCGUCGUCGUCUUCGUCGUCUUCGUCGUCUUCGCCGUCGCCGCCGCGGCGCUAGGGGCGCGGGCCGCGGAGAAGGCUGUGGGCUGGCGUUCGCGCUGGGACGUGCUGGGUUUGUGGGUGACGGGGGGAACUAUUUGGGUAGUUACUUGGGUACUCGGUCUUAUGGAUCUCGCCGGGCGGGACGGAGCUUUCAUGCCGCAUCGGCGUGUACGAUUCGAUUCGAUUGCGUGUUAGGAGCAGGGCUUGAAAGCAUGCAUCUUAUGUUGGUCGUCUGCUUUUCGGCGGGCGGGCGGUGAUUAUUUCUUAGCCGCGGUUGAGAUUGUUCAUACCUAUGUAUGAUCACUAUGGG